AUAAUAAUAAUAAAAAAUCUUAAAAGUAAUAUAUUCGUGAGAGGAAGAUACCUCGAUCGGUUUAGAACGUAAUUUAAAAAGGUGGUAUUUAUGGUAUGAAAAAUAUAAAAAGUGUGGAAUAUUCGUGAAAGAAGAAUUCUCUUAAAGCGUAUCACAUGGUUAAUGAUAACGGUGGUACGGUUGAACAGAUGUAACUGAGUUACUUGCGCGGAGAAUUUACGUCAUCAGAGCGGUACAAACGAUAUAAAAGUUGGAAUUUUAACGUCCGCGCUGCAAAGGCUGCUAUAUUAAUUGCCUGUCGUAAUUGGGGUUUGUAGGGAUCGCGCUUAAUUAGUUCGGGGUCUCUAACGGGUGAACGAUGAAGUGGUGCGUGCUGGUGUUGGUAUUUGUCGGUCUGACUAGAGGCGAUAACGGCAUCGGCGCGAACACAGUCCUCAAAUGCCCGGACCUCAAUGCUCAAGACGAGAUAGAUCUCGAAAAGAUAAUGGGCAAAUGGUACGUCGUGGAAAUACUGGAACACAUAUUGGACCCUAAAAAACCAACGGCUGGAUCAUACAUCGUUGACACGUGUCCAAUCGUCACGUUGAAGCCAACGUCAGACAAUGCUUCUUUGAAACUAUUGUGGAACGAAGAGGCUGGAAAUUUGGAGUACAGCUUUCGAAUACCAGAUAUUACCAGAAGAAAAGGCUUUUGGCAAGUCAUGAGUGCGCAAAACGGCACCUUGACGGAGAAGCAGUACAAGCAAUUCACCGGCAACGUGCACGUAAUGAAGGCCGUUGCCUCGGACAUGGUGUUGACUUUCUGCUCCCGUCAUCCCGACAGUCAACUUUACUCGCUGCUAUUGUCGCGCGGGCACAUCCUACAGCAGAGCGACAAACGAGGCGUACACAAUCUGUUGAGCCGUCGCAACCUGAAAAGCGUCAGCAUCCGGGAGACCUGCGUGAACGGUAGCGCCGGAUCUAGAAGAGGUGCGCUCGAUCUCGUCACUUGGGCCACUCUCGUCGGCCUCCUCUCGUCGAGCUUCCUCUUUAGGUCCUGGCAGUAGUGAAUUAGGUAGACGAUCUAUAUCGAGAACCUUGGCACGCAAUCGCCAGCCAAGCUCGAGUGUCUCUCUCUCUGUCUCGAUUAAUUAACACGAUUAUUAACACUUUGGAUGCUGCGCGCGAAUAAUCUCAAAUAUCGCCGGAAAUUCGUCGAGAUUCGGCUUGCUAUACGUUUAGGUUAAUUAUAAAACGCUCGCGAGCUGAAUUAAAUAUCUUUUGUGUGAUAAUUUUCGCGUUAUUAUAAUAUUUUGCAUUAUUUCAGUUUUGUCAUGAAAUAAUUUUUUAUUACGACAUUCUUUUUCCUCUUACCCCUUCUCUUACAUUUCUCUGUUAUAAAAUUUUAAUUGAUUUGAAUUUAUUACUUUAUUAGAUAAAUUAUUUUAAUCACAAUAAUAUAUAACACAUGCUAAUGAUGCAUAACAAAUAUAAGCAAAACGAAUACUCUCAUAUAGUAAUCUUUAAAUGUAUUAAUAUUAAUAAAACGUAUCAAGUAAUUUUUUAAAAAACUUUUUGAGGGAGCUAUGAUAUUAAUUAUAUUUUAUUUAUCUUUUUCUAACGCGCCUUCUCAACAUAUAUUAACAUACGAAGCUUAAUGUAAAGUCUUGAAAACGAGAGAAUCGCAUCCAAAGGGUUAAAGUUUUAUUAUACCGUGACAGAUGCUCUGGACAUCGAAGAUCCCUUCUACAAUUAGCUUAACCUCAUCAUGGAUACUCGAUCAACAUUACGAAAAGCGAAAUUGCGAUUUAGAUCCGCAGCGUUCCCGGUCUCUAAAGCAAUCACAUAGAAAGAACGGACCUCGUUGACGGGAUUUGUGAUUCGACGAACCUUAAGAGGAUCAGAUCGCGCGAGGUGAACACGAUCGAGUAAGGGAAAAACAUCGAUAUCAUUCGCUUCUCUCAUGGAAGCUUCUAUCUAGAUCCCUAGAUCGAUUGGCCACUCGAAUAUUUUUCAGCGACAUCCUCGUCGUUUGUUCCUUCCUUUCGAGAAUAAAUUAUCCAUUAGGCGAUUUUUCCGCCAUCCCGGGCUCUCGGCGAGGACAUUGCCUCGCUCCUUGCUGUCAAGUUCUUAAUCAAAAAUGCUUUGUAGCACAAGCGCAUGCAAAAAAAAAAACGCGAGUGCAAAAAAGAUUCACCGCACAAAUAUAUUUUUCCGCGCUACGUUCCGGAAAAAGCACGUGUAUAAAUGUAUACGGAGUAUGUAUAAAUGUAUGCGGAGUUAAUCUUUUUUUCUAGUAUGCCACGUGUGACAUCUUGAGUUAUAACGCUAAUGUUUUUUUCGUGAUAAGAUUCGCUAACCAGAAGGGGUUUUACAUCGGCUCUUGUUGACCACUAGAAUCUGUUACAUAAUGUCUCUACAUGCGUCUUAAUAUAUUUAUAUUAUAAUAAUUAUUUUUGAUUACUUUUACCUUCUGUAAAAUGUGGAAAUACAGUCGGGGAUAUAAUUUUCUACGAGCGGUUUUUUAUGCAAGAGAGAAAAAAAAGUAAUCGCAAAGUUUGAGCAAAGUCAUUAAGAUCACCCUAUCUACUUAGCUGCAUCCUGCGAAAACACUUGGUCCCCCAUCCCAUUAGCGGCGCAAAUCUCAGCGAAAUCCGUAACAGAAGGGCACUAAGAAUGACGGAAUAUCGGAAUCUCGCCGCGCGAGUACCGCGUCGAGGAUUUUCCGCAAAUACUUUUCCGAUAUCCGAGAGAGAUGCGCACCUCUUUGGCGUUCCUCGGCAUCUCUUUGACCAAGGCUGAAGAAUGUUCGAGCGGCGCUCUCGUAUCCUUCUUAUUCCCUCUUUCGAUACUUGUCCGUCAGAAAAGUUCCCUCGAAUUGCUUUAUCGCGGAGAACAUCUCGAUGUUCAUGCCCGACUCGUGUCUGUUCCGAUAAGAGCGCGGAUUACAGGGAAAUAAAUGGGGGUGCGGGAUGCUUUUGCAUCCUCGUAUGUGUCUGCGUCACACGAGUCAACGGAGUGAGGUAUGUUCUCGACGAUUUCAAGUUCCACUGAUGCAGCAACCUCAUGCAGAUUGCAGAACUGUCUGGCGAUAAUGUCGUUCCGCGAGAAGAAGUUUCCGCGAGAUCCGCUCUCGCCUCUUCCGGAGCUUUUCGUAUACGGGGUGUUUUGAAGAAAGGAAUUAACCGAGCGUACACUCUCGUAAUUCAGUUUUCACGAAGUAACAGUGAGAUGUUACAAUAUAAGUGGAAGUUAACGUACCUACUUGAGUCAGACUUGAACGAGCAUUUAUUCAUCUUUUAAUCUCUCGUUUCAUGCGUAAGAAUAUUUUAAUUAUUUUUAUCACACGUGUAAAAAGUGUUCAAGAAGCAGAAAAGUUAAGAAAUUACUUAUUCAUUCUUAUUAUUAUACAUGUUUUUAAUGUCUGAGGUAAUAAAUAUUUUUUUUAGUUGAGUAAAUAAAGAAUGUAAGCUCUCUUUAUCUCUUAAGACACCCUGUACUAUUCCGUUCCAACUUGAGUCACGUAGAACUCGCGAAUGUCGCGACGUCGUCGCGAUGUCGACGUCGUCCUUCUUUUCUGCUGCAUCGCGUAACGAAAUCACCGAAAUCUCCGUCUUCACACCUGGAAUUUUCAAGUCGCGCAAAUAGAUAAUUCUCCUACGUUUCUCAGGUAAUCGUUAGCAAUUAUCGGAUUUAUCAGAAGAAAUCGAUUUUUGCAUAAUUAUUGAUUAAAUAUUUUAAAUAUUAUUUAAAAUAAAAAAUAAGAGCAACAGCUUCCCCAGUUGUUGAAUUUUUGUAUAUCUUUUAUAUGUUUAAAGUUUCUAACAUUUUAAGAGAAAAGAAAAUAUGUUUGUCACCUUGACAUUUUCAUGUAAAUAUUUUGAAAAUCAAUGUCUAUACAAGUUGAGAUCGGUCCAACGUUGCGGACACAUAUUACGAUAGAUAAUUGUAAUUUUGGCUAAAGUUUCGAAAAUGUUUUCGCACCGAUUGUUAUCCAGUUUAGUAGAUAUGUCUUUUUUUGAGAAAUAAAAAACAGUAUUGUACAGAAAAAUGCUGGUUUCUGCGAGAUGUUAAUUUAAUUAAUAAUUUGAAUGAUUUUAAAUAAAAUCUCAAUUAAUAAGUAAAAAAAAAAUAGAUAUUUCAAUAAAUAUUUUUAUUUGCAAUACGAAAUUAGGAUAAUUCAAAGUGAACGCUUUUCGAAACUUUGCUUAUAAUUUUAGGUAGGAGAUCUAAGUGUUCAAUUUAAUUGAAUCAGUAUGAUCAGAAACCGCAUGAGUAUUUUUUUUUUAAGAACUCAGUGCAAUCAGAAUUUUUUUUUCCGCGAAAUAUUAGAUUAUAUUAUUGUACUCAUAUUAUUUCUUCCUGCAUGUAAUACAAUUAAAGAAUAAAAUUCUGAUAGUAGCUGACUUUUGAAAAAAAAAAAUUGGACUUGCGCGGUUUCCGAUCUCAUUGAUAUAAAUAAUCAUGCUCCAUGAUUUGUGUCUUCGAGAACGAGUCAGUCAUUGCUCUUCCGUAUGAACUUGAGAUAUGAUAGAUAGAAAUGCAUGUCGUACACGUCUCCGUUAGCAAACGUAAAAUGACAAUAGGUGUCAGCGGUAAAGCUGAUCUUCUGCGAAGAUGAAUAGAUAGCGAAUCGUCAUGUUUAUCAACUAAAGUCUGAACUAUCGAACCAAAUAUCGCGUGAUAUCGAUGUAUCGUGACAAUUUCAUAUUCAAUCUACGAUCCUUGAAUGUUUUCUCUACAGUCGUUUAGAAUUAAGUACAUCUGCUAUCGGUAAGCUACGAACGCAUAAUUAAACGACAUCAUUUCUCGAACUUCUGUCAGCAUAAAAAAAAUUAUUAUUAAUUUAGGUUUUGUUAUCUUCUUAUUUUGGUGGAUAGAGAUAUUAUACGAUUAUAGAGUUAUAUAAACUAUAAAAGAAAUAAUAAUUUAAACUGUUUAAAAAUGCGAAUAAUAAUUGAAAUAAUUAUUUUGUUUUGAAAUAAAGUAAUACUCGAAAAAUAUACAAUAAUUAUAUUUAUUAUUUUGUUAAUUGUUUUUAUAAAUAUAUACAUAUAUGUAUAACUCUAUAGGAUAAAUUUAUUGCUAAUUAUCGGGAUGCCGUUAUUACUAGAAAGUUUAUUAUAAAAUAACGUAGUUGUUAAAAUAAUCAUAUAUAUAUAUAUAUAUAAAGCCAUAAAAAUAUAUAGAAUGAUUUUAUCGAUCGAUUCUAUAAAAAUGCGAAGUGAGAUUGUGAUUAAUGACGUAAUUAAAUUAAUAGACAUAUUAUUAUACUCUAAUGAUCACAUACACAUACACAAAUACAUUCUUUAAAAAGUCUGAUAAGUCAUUUGGAUGUUCGCUGCCAAGAAUACAUCCAAAGAGAGGUAAUAUUUAAUAUAAAUAUAAAUAAAUUAUUAAAUAUUAGAAUAAAAAUGAAUAAUUUCGACAAUUCGUAUUCUUAUUUCAAUGUUGGAUUUUAAUUCUGCACGUUAACGAUGUUGUGACAAAGAUAUGAGAAUGUAAAAUAAUUACGUGUGUAUAUCGAUAUAGAUAAAUUUGAUAGGAGCUUAUGUCGCGAACGUGGAAAUUGUUACAAUUAAUAUUGAAAUUGCGCCAAUUGUUAUAAUCGAAUAUCAACGUCGCACGAUUGCACAGUGACGUAGUGGGAGGACGUGUAAACAAUUAAAGCUUACGGUGGGACGUGAUUAAGCCCAGGGCAGCUCGAUAAACUCCGAAGAAGACCGGCUUAUCGAUCCUCGCUAGCUCCAGAGCACGUCUACCGAGGCUGUGCCGUUGUUUCCGUUAACGUCGUCGUGCCGUUAUGCAGAAUUUACGAGACCACGGCGCUAACCACACACGAGAGCCCGUGCCAUCAAUUUUUAUCACGCUCACUUCCGAAUUAAGCUUAAACACGAUAUUUCUUUUUAAGCAUACGUCGCGGAUUUAUCGGGACGAUUACACGGAAAUCCCAUAACUUACGAAACAGCUGCGUAUUUCUCAUUUCUAUCCGCGCAUUCGGUCGAGAUUGCCGUUACUUUUUCCAUGUCUCGUCAUUUAUCGAAGGAUUAUUAUCGGUCCCAUUUCCGGAUUUGUCUUUCGUAUUGAAUUUCGAGACGAGACGGCGAUUCGAUGCUUUCAUCAGAAUUUCCAACUUGUCCGGAAUUUAUUACUUAAUCACGUUUGUUGCGCGCGCGAAAUUAAAUUUUAACAUUCAUUCAAAACUCUUGAGCACGUCGCUUAUGGAUGACUUCAAUUGAAAUUGUUAAUUGAUUUUUAUUCUCUUAAUAUAUUCCAGAGAGAAGAAUUAAUAUAUUAUCCGUCUAGAGAGAGAGAGAGAGAAAAUGAUGGGCAUUCAAUUUUCCCUUGCAAGUAUUUUUAAAAUUCUUUAAAGUUGCACAAAUUAUCAAUCUUAAAUAACAUUGGAAGGAAUUCAAAAUUUUUAUCACAUAUCUGAAAUAAUCGAUAGUGUUUGUUAACUCAUCACUAAUUAUUAAUUAAUUAAUAUGUUAGUACAAGCAGAAAAGUGAUCAAAAUAUAUAAAAUCAGAAUAUAUAAAAUCAUGACAUCUGUGUUGCAAAGAUCCUGUAUAUAUCUUGACUUCGAGUUAAAACGAGAUAUUCGUGAUAUCGAUCGUGAAAAAUGUUCGCAAUCGUCGCAAAUUUCCGCGAUAAUUUAAAUGUAAUAAUGGAUACUAGAGAGCUCGUUAUUAAAUUAAAUUAUUGUAUACUCGAUGCGCCAGUCGCGCGGAAUCGCGCGAUGUUAUGUUUAAAAUGCUCUAUAGAGUCUUUAUUUAUUGUACAAAAAGUGCUGGAUAUUAUAUAUAAAUAUAUAUACGUAUAAAUUAUACACAUAUAUGAUCUAAAUAGUACCUAAUACGAUGUAUAAUCGUAUAUGCUUAUUAUGUGUAUAAAUAUAUGAAACAAUAAAAAAUUACGUCGACGUUUCAC